UAAUUGGCUCAAUCAAUCUUCUGAAGUCAAAGCGGGUAGAAAGAAAUUAUUGCGUAAAUAUGAGUAGACAUUUUUAAUUGACAGUCCGGAUUGGCGAAAUCGGCACAGCAAGUUUCCCUACCGCCGCCGGAGUGGACUAAGGAAAAAGGGCGCCAUGGAAACGGCGAACAUGGUCAUCUCUCUCGUGAUUCCGAAGCUAUGCUCUCUUCUCUCCGACAUCUCCCGAGCUGAUUCCGACGUUAACUGGCUACGGGAUGAGCUCCGCAGCAUGCGCUCCUUCCUCGAGCAGGCAGACGACUCCGCCGAACAUGGCGGAGACAAGGCAAAUUUCCUCACCUGGAUCGAUCAGAUACGCGAAGCUGUCUACGACUCCGAAGACAUAAUCGAAUCAUUCGACUUUUGGCGCCGUGUCAACUCAUUUUCCUCCUUCCCCUGUAUCCUCAACUCCCGCUAUAAUCUCACUUACCGCAUUCAAGAUCUCAGAUCCAGAGUCGCAGACAUCUCCCGCCGACGCCAGGAAUACAUAUCUCCUGGAUCUGUCAGUCAUUCGAACGAUAGCAGGUCAAAGGACGCCUGGCUUCAAGGCCUUCUGGCUUCCUCCCCUUUCACGAAUCAAGACGGAGGGGAGGUUGUGGGACUCCGAGAAGACCUAGAGCAGCUGCUCGGUUGGGUGCUAGCCGGACCACCGGAGCUCACCGUUGUAUCCGUGGUGGGAAUGGGAGGCCUCGGAAAGACGACGCUCGUGAAAAGAGUCUUCAACCACGGGGAAGUACGCCGUCUCUUCGACCGAUCAGCCUGGAUCUAUGUAUCGCAGACGGCCAAGCUCCGGGAUAUCUUCUCCGACAUGGCGAAGAGGCUCAUGGAAGUCCCUACCUCCGAGAUUGACGCCCUCGACGUAGUCGAGCUGCAGGAAGAGCUUCUUAAAAUCCUCGAGCGCCGGCGAUUCCUCCUUGUGCUCGACGAUGUCUGGAGAAGCACGCUGUGGGAUGCAGUUAAGCUCGUUCUGCCGUCCAACAACCACGGAAGCCGUGUCAUAAUCACCACCCGAAAAGAGGAGUUAGUGUCCUCCAUCACUGGCGCGGCGAGCCAAGUCCACCGCCUCCAGCCGCUUUCACCGGAGGAGUCGUGGACGCUCUUUCGCAAGAAGGCGUUUCCUUCCUCGUCGGUGGGACCCCCCGACGAGCUGGAGGAGUUGGCGCAUGGAAUAGUGCGAAAGUGCGGUGGCUUACCCCUCGCCGUCGUCACCAUCGGUGGUAUGAUGUCAAGGAAGGGAGGGAAUGCUGGAGAGUGGCGGCGCGUGCUCGAAAAUAUCCGCAAGUACCUAAUUAGGGAUGACAGCGACGAUAGGGUGCGGCGGGUGCUGAUGCUGAGCUACACGGAUUUGCCUUACCCUAUAAAGUGUUGCUUCCUCUACUUCUCUCUUUUCCCCGGCGAAUCCAUAAUUUCGCGGAAACGACUUGUGCGGCUGUGGCUGUCGGAAGGGUUCGUCGAUGAGGAGGACGAUGCCGAGAAGUAUCUUAUGGAAUUGAUUAGCAGGAGCAUGGUUCAGGUUUCAAUGGUGGGGGUUGGUGGGCGGGUGAAAGCCUGCCAAGUCCACGAUCUUCUGCACCACUUUGCCAUCACCAUUGCCGGCAAGCAGAACUUUUCUGCUUUCUACGAACAGGGGAGAGGAAUGGUCAGUACUAAUCAAAAUAAGAUGCGCCGUGUUUCAUUCCACAACCAUCAGCCUUGUGCAACCUUGAAGUUUAACAAAAGUAAGAAAACACUGCGCUCCAUUUUUCUCUUUGGAAUCUCGGAGCGAUUUAGCUUUGCGAAUCGAAUCGGAAGCUUCCGAUUGCUCCGAGUGAUCGAUCUCGAAGAAGCUGCAAUAACAAAGCUUUCGAUUGAAAUCGGUAACUUGAAGCAUCUUAGAUAUCUGGGGCUGAAAGGAACGAAAAUCUCGAAUCUACCGAAAUCGAUGAAGAACCUCCGCAAUUUGCAGACGCUGGAUGUGAGAAGGACGCAGCUGAGGAAGCUGCAAUUCGACGUGAAGAACUUGACGAACUUGAAACAUCUUGAGAUGAGGCAGGCGGCGCAGAGCAUUAAAUUGAAAUCCGGCAUCCAGAACCUUACAAUGCUUCAGGUAGCGACCGGCCUGCUAGCGGACAGAGCCACGGCUCAUCGAAUUGGGGGAUUACAACAAUUGCGAAAACUCGGCUUGGAGAAGCUAAAUUCCAAAGACGCUAACCUCCUCUGCUGCUCCAUCAACAAUAUGAGCAGCCUGGCAUCGCUCUCGAUCUCAACGCAGAGCGAAUCGGACAAGCUGGAGCUUGGAAAUCUAAAGCCAUCACCAUGUCUUCAGAAGCUGCAUCUGGUGGGGAAUCUGACGAGAUUGCCGGAGUGGUUGGAGCAGCUGCAGAGCCUCACGAAGCUAAGGCUGGGUCUGAGCCGGCUUCGGGAAGACCCGAUGCCGGUACUGGGGAAGCUCCGGGGCCUAGUUUUUCUUCAGCUGUAUGAUUACGCUUAUGAAGGGAAGGCAAUGAGAAACUGCAGGAGUGGGUUCGAGAGGUUGAAGAUACUGCUGGUGACGGGUUUAGAAGGAUUGGAAGAGUGGGAGGUGGAGGAGGGCUCAAUGCCGUUCAUACAGGAGCUGUGGAUUGUUUCGUGUACAGGGCUGAAGGCUAUUCCUUCUGGUUUCCAGUUUCUUAUUACUUUGCAGAAGCUCAGGCUGGUGAGCAUGCCGGAGAGCUUUCUUUCGAGGGUCAGCACGACGGGAUCCGGUGGUGAAGAUCUCAGCUACGUCCGCCACAUCGCUUCCAUUCUAAGCCAAUGAUAAUUAUUAGGGAAUUACGUACAUAACAUUUUAAGCUAUUUUUGUAUUUUUUUUUACAUAACAUUUUGAGCUUAUUCAUAAAAUUAGCAUUUAUUUA